AUGGUCAUUUCUUUUAUAGAAAAGGACCAUCGCGAGUGGGACGAACAUUUGUCCGAAUUUCGCUUCGCGUACAACACCGCGUUUCAUUCGUCCUUAUGGACAUCUCCCGCGUUCCUUAACUUAGGAAAGGAGUUAGAGCCGGUGCAAUCGCUGAAGCGUCGCGACAAUAAGGUUACCGAAAUUGAGAGAAGGGAUACCACAGAAUGGGGGGAGCGCAUGACGAGGUUGCAGUCAUUGCGCGAAUGGAUUGUGGAAAACCUAGACCAGGCGUUUCAGAAACAGUCCUCCCGCUAUAAUUUGCGUAGGCGUGAUAAACGUUUUGAGGUCGGCGAUUUGGUGCUGAAGCGACAGCACGUAUUAUCGUCUGCGGCGCAGAAUAUAGCCGCGAAAUUGGCACACAAGUUCCAGGGCCCUUUGAAAAUCUCGCGGGUGAUCUCGCCCGUCGUGUACGAGCUAGUCCAGCUGGACGGAUCUCCCGCGGAAAAAAUCCACGUGCAGGACCUUAAAUCUUAUUGCCUUCCCGAUCCCGCAAAAUAG